AUGUCGUCAAAGACAGAUUCUUUACAAACACUUUCAUUCAUCGCUCACUCAAUUCGCUCAUUCCUCGUUUUCUUCGUUCUCUUAAUAUCUUCUACUUUAUGUUUACCAGUAAAUCCCAUUCUCCCAUCUGCACCUUGCUCUGUUGUGCACAAUGACUAUAUAUACACAUUUGAUGGAAUACAAGGCUUGGGAUCUGAAUCCCUACAGUGGACAUUAAGUAGAGCAAAAGGACCAUUUCGGAAUAACCAUAUUGAGUGGGAGCAUGUGCAUAGCGAUGGAAAAUUACAGAACGUGCUUUUUGCACAGUGUGUGAUGAUUGGUGCGGAAAUGAUUGUAGUUGGAGGAAUGAACAGUAAACGCGUAACGUUGAGCGAGAAAGUUAAUGAAGGGAAUGAAUUUGUUCCUAGAGUGCAGUUGUACAAUAUCGAGAGAGGUGAGUGGAGUAUUAUCAGAGAUGGAAGACUGCGAUUUGAUAGAAUGAAAGUCGGCGCUGUCAAUGAGACGGCCGUUGUGGCUAUUGAAGGGGUGGGCGGUGAGUAUUCUGCAGAGACAAGUAAUCAUAAUAGCAACUUCCUGAAUAAAGGUUUUAUAUGGAACCUGGAGGAUAAUAGGGUCGAGUUCAUCCCCCUUCAUAAUAUACCUUUAAUCUCGUUUGCUGGAUCAGUGGUGAUUGGAAAGUAUUUAUAUAUUAUUGGGGGAAUGAUAAGAUCAGAUACUGGAAGAAGUAAAGGAACAAGAGAUAUUUGGAAGUUCGAUCUCACUGAACAUGAGUGGACGUUAUCAGAUAUGUCGUUGGACGCUGAAUUUGUAACCAUCAUAGCAGUUGGUUAUAAGAACGAGAGUAUAUUUGUAUUACCCGGCCUCGAUUCUUUUGAACGCAUUUCAGAAGGUGGCUUGCGUAUCUUAGACAUAACCAGAAAUUCCACAACGAUCAUCAGCAAUCCAACACUUCCUCGGUGGGGACAUAGUAUGCUAGUACUUGGAGAUCAAUUGGUUAUUCACGGAGGUAUCUAUGAAAAUGGAGAUACUCUGUGUGACAUUCACAUACUCAAUAUACCGUCGCUGACACGGCAGAGAAACGCAAGAAUGAAAGCAAGGGAUAAUGUACCUCAGAACGCUGUCAACGAUAAUACGAUCCAAGUUACGGAAGUUAACCGAGGGAAAAAGGAUGAGACGUUGCUCGUUAUUGGUUUGACAGCGACGGGUGUGAUAGCAUUUUUAUGUCUUGCUAUGCGAAAAAAGAGAUUGUCAAUAAGAAAAUCAAAGGACAAGAACGACGUUGAACCUGGAGAUAUGUCCACUCAGGAUAUAAAUAGCUCAAAAAGCGGGUCGAGUGAACAAAAGGGCGAAUCCUCAAGUGCCUCCCGAAAUCGUCUACGCUCUUUAUUACGCCUAAUAUCAAAGCAAAAACGAUCAGAGUCCUCAACCAAUUCUAGGUCUUCAUCACCUGCCUCACCAUCUCAAUCGCCUGUCUCGUCAUCUCAGCCACUUGCAUCAUCUCAACCGUCUACCCCGCUUAUUGAGCCUACCUUGUCGUCUCCUAUUGCUACUUCAUCAUUUCAUGUUUUUCCUUUAUCACCUUAUCUUACUUCAUCGUCAUCUAAUUCUACUUCUUCGUAUGAUCUACAAGAUCACCUUCCACCCACCAUGCUUUCAAAACGACCGGUUGAGCUCAUAACAUCGUCUCGAGUUUCUCAUUUCCGGCUUCCUUCUCGUUUCGUAGCGCUUCAGAAGAAGAUAAUACAGCCUCACGUUAAUCAAUCUGUUUUCCCAAGGCUAUUCAUGCUAUUUCCUAAUCCGGGAGUCGAUCCAGAAGAUGUGUUCAAUCCAAAGAAAUGGAACACAGAGACAUUUGGCUUGUACCUUUUGUGUGAAGGAUUAUCGAAUGACAAUGAUGGUAUACAUAUGCCUGCAUUAGAUGAGGCAGGAUAUGGUCUUGAUGCUGAUCCGCUCGAGUUCAUUCGGUCAAUUGGUCCUUAUAUUUCCAUUAUAUCUGACCUGAUGGCAGCUAUUUUGUCAGCCGAUUUAUAUAACAAACAGAGAUCAGCAAAGCAUAAGCCUGUAGACGUAGGAUUUGAUCCAGCGUUAUUAAAUGAUCCUGAAGAAGACGAGAGUAGGAUGAAGAGAAAACAGAUAGACUUUUUUAAGCAGAUGAGCGAAAUGUUGGAAGAUUUGACUGGAGAAAAGAAACUCAAAGGAAAAAAGUAUCUGAAAACAUUAGAGGCCUGUCAGCUGCCUGCAUUUGAAGCUGUUGGGAAGCUCUUGAAAAUUGAAUGGAGAAAUCAUAAGACGAGUAACAAGGAGGAAAGUAAGAGAGAUGAUGUAGAAUAUGAAAAGGACAAUGAUUCGGAGAGUAAGAGGGAUAGGGAGAUUGAGAAGAAGGGUGAAAUCACAUAUAUGUGUGGAUUAUUCAAGGUGCGAGUAAGUACAAUGUUUGAUGACAUACCUGGGCAUUCAAAUGUUUCCAGAUGGGUCUGUGAAAAAUGCCGGUCGUUACACAUUUCACGUACCAGUAAACUUAAAUCACCUAAAAAAUAA